CGUCUUCUGGGGCUUGCCUGCCGCGGGUACCUCGUGGCCUCCUGCGUGGAGAUGCCCGAGCCCAUGGAGGACCCAGCCACGGGUGAGAGCAUCACCUGGGUCAUCUUCCUCAUAUCCUACUGGGGCGAGCAGAUUGGGCAGAAGAUCCGCAAGAUCUCGGACUGCUUCCACUGCCAGGUGUAUCCAUGCCCGGAGAGCGACGCCAGCCGCGACGCCAGCCGGGCAGACACCAUGUCUGGGCUGCACAGCCAGAUCCAGGACCUCAGUGUGGUGCUGGAGGAAACAGAGCAGUACCUGGCACAGGUGCUGGACAAGGUGGCGCUGGCGCUGCCUGCCUGGCGCGUGCAGGUGCAGAAGAUGAAGGCCAUCUACCUCGUCCUCAACCAGUGCAGCUUUGACAUCACUGAGAAGUGCCUCAUUGCCGAGGUCUGGUGCCCUGUGCAGGACCUCACCCAAGUGCAGGAUGCCCUGCGCCAGGGAUCGUACCAGAGCGGCUCCAGCGUGGAGUGCUUCGUGCAGCGUGUCCCCACCUCAGAGAGCCCUCCCACCCUCAUCCGCACCAACAAGUUCACCGCUGGCUUCCAGAGCAUCGUGGACGCCUAUGGCGUGGCCAGCUACCAGGAGGUGAACCCUGCGCCCUACGCCAUCAUCACCUUCCCCUUCAUCUUUGCCAUCAUGUUUGGGGAUGUGGGGCAUGGACUGCUCAUGUUUCUCUUCGCGCUCUGGAUGGUGCUGUACGAGGACAGCCCCCGCCUGCGACAGGGCACCAACGAGAUCUGGCUGACGUUCUUUGAGGGGCGCUACCUCAUCCUGCUCAUGGGUGCCUUCUCCAUCUACACUGGCUUCAUCUACAAUGAGUGCUUCAGCAAAGCCACCGUCAUCUUCCCCUCCGCCUGGAGCGUGGCCACCAUGGCCAACCACUCCUCCUGGAGCUCUACCUACCUCGCCACCCACCGCUUCCUCACCCUGGACCCCAAUGUCACCGGUGUCUUCCGAGGGCCCUAUCCUUUUGGGAUUGACCCGAUCUGGAGCUUGGCCAUCAACCACCUCAACUUUCUCAAUUCCUUCAAGAUGAAGAUGUCAGUGGUGCUGGGCGUUGUGCACAUGGGCUUCGGGGUUGUGCUUGGGGUCUUCAACCACCUGCACUUCAAGCAGCAGCACCGGCUGGUCCUGGAGUUCCUCCCAGAGAUGAUUUUCCUCCUGGCCCUUUUUGGCUACCUGGUCUUCCUCAUCUUCUACAAGUGGAUCAAGUUCAGCGCUGCUAACUCCCUGGUGGCUCCCAGCAUCCUCAUCCACUUCAUCGACAUGUUCCUCUUUGCCUCCAAUGCUGAGAACCUCCCACUGUACCAGGGGCAGGUGCCCGUGCAGAUGGUGCUGGUGGUGCUGGCGCUGGCGUCGGUGCCCGUCCUGCUUUUGGGGACACCCCUGUACCUGUGGUGCCGGCGGCGUGCCCCGAGGAAGGUAAGGCUGGUGGCCACGGGGGAGCAGGAGUCACUGCUGGAGGGGCAGGAGGCUGGGAACUCCGUCAACACCACCAAGGAGGACGUGGAGAGCGGAGGGCACAGCCCUGAUGGCAAGCACUUGGACUUCGCUGAGAUCUUCAUGCACCAGGCGAUCCACACCAUCGAGUACUGCCUGGGCUACCUGCGGCUCUGGGCGCUCAGUCUGGCACAUGCCCAGCUCUCAGAGGUCCUGUGGUCCAUGGUGAUGCGGAAUGGCUUCGUGGGGCUGAGCUACGUGGGUGGUGUGGUGCUGGUGCCUGUCUUCGCCGCCUUCGCUGUGCUGACCGUGGCCAUCCUGCUGGUGAUGGAGGGACUCUCCGCCUUCCUCCACGCCCUGCGCCUGCACUGGUGA